AUGCCAUCUCACUUUGAUACCAUUCAAUUGCAUGCUGGCCAAGAAAAUGCUUUUGAACAUGCCAGUGGUCCAAGAGCUGUCCCAAUUUAUGCCACAACUUCUUAUGUUUUCGAUGAUUCCAAAUAUGGUGCUGAAAUUUUUGGUCUUGAAAAGCCAGGUUUCAUUUACUCUCGUAUUAUGAACCCAACCAAUGAUGUCUUGGAAAGAAGAUUAGCAGCAUUGGAAGGCGGUGCUGCUGCUUUAGCAGUAGCCUCUGGCCAAGCUGCCCAAACUUUGGCUAUUACUGGUUUGGCUCACUCCGGUGACAAUAUCGUUUCUACUAGUUUCUUAUAUGGUGGUACUUAUAAUCAAUUUAAAGUUGCUUUCAAGAGAUUAGGAAUUGAAGCUAGAUUUGUGGAAGGUGAUGCCCCAGAAGACUUCGAAAAAUUAUUUGAUGAAAAAACUAAAGCCGUCUAUCUAGAAACCAUCGGUAACCCAAAAUAUAAUGUCCCAGAUUUUGACAAAAUUGUUGCCGUUGCUCAUAAGCAUGGUAUUCCAGUUGUUGUUGACAACACUUUUGGUGCAGGUGGGUUCUUCUGUCAGCCAAUUAAAUACGGUGCUGAUAUUGUUACACACUCUGCUACCAAAUGGAUUGGUGGUCAUGGUACUACCAUUGCAGGUGCUAUUAUUGAUUCUGGUAAAUUCCCAUGGAAAGAAUACCCAGAAAAAUUCCCACAAUUUUCUAAACCUUCUGAAGGUUACCAUGGUAUGAUCUUUAAUGAAGCUAUGGGUAACUUGGCUUUCAUUGGUCAUGUCAGAACUGAAUUGUUGAGAGAUUUGGGUCCAUGUAUGUCUCCAUUUGCUUCUUUCUUAUUGUUGCAAGGUGUGGAAACUCUAUCCUUAAGAGCAGAAAGACAAGGUGAAAACACUUUGGCUUUAGCUAAAUGGCUAGAAAAGUCUGCAUAUGUUUCAUGGGUAUCUUAUCCAGGUUUAGUUUCGCAUUCUCACCACGAAAAUGCCAAGAAAUAUUUAAGAAAUGGUUUUGGUGGUGUCUUGUCCUUUGGUGUUAAAGAUUUACCAGGUGCUGCUGAAGAAAAAGAUCCAUUCAAAGCUGCUGGUGCUCAAGCAGUUGACAAUUUGAAAUUAGCAUCUAACUUGGCCAACGUUGGUGACUCUAAGACUUUAGUCAUCGCUCCGUACUUUACUACUCAUCAACAAUUAUCAGAUGAAGAAAAAUUAGCUUCUGGUGUCACCAAGGAUUUGAUUCGUGUUUCUGUUGGUACUGAAUUCAUUGAUGAUAUCAUUGCCGAUUUCCAACAAUCUUUCGAAAAGAUUUUUAAUGGGGUUCCACCAAAAUAA